AUGGAGCUAAUAUUUGGUACAGCCCUUAUUAAUGCCUGGAUUGUGUAUAACUCAAUUAAUGAUGAUGCAAAUAAAUUGCCAAAAAGACAAUUUGUAGAACAACUUAUUGAAGCUUUUACAAAGAACGACUUGGAUGUCGAUACAGAACCCACUCCAAACAAACCACAUCAUCUCGAAAAAAGAUCAAGGAAGAGGAGAUGUGUAGGAUGCUACGAAAAACUUCGCACCUUCUUAUCAAGUCGUGAGGCUGAUAAGAAAGCAAAGAAAAUUCUCACAGAAUUUGCAAAUAAUCCACUGUACAAAGAUGUCACUAUCGAUCAAAACGUUAUAAUUAAUGAAGAGGAUAUCAUAAGAGUAGAAGAAGCACCAGUAGAAAUUGCUGUAGAGACCAAUGAAGAAUCUACAAACGAUGCUAGCGCUUAUAUGGAAAUUAAUGAUUUUUCAAGAAUCGUCUUCCAAUCAAGAUCAUCAGAAACAACUAUUGAUGAAUCGAUUGAUGAAACUGGAGAUACGGAAAAUAAUAACAGCUUGAUGGGUCCCUCGACUUCUGCGGCUGCUGUCUCUGCCCCAGUUACACAAAAAAGCACAGACAAAUCUCGUCGUCGACCUACAUCAGACUUAGCUGAACAACAAAUGUCCACAGCGUUUAGCCAGUUAACAAAUGCACUAAGGAAGCGUCAAUCAAAUCCUUCACAUAUCGAAGACGAAUGUGAUUUAUAUGGGAAGCUUCUGGCUAAAAAGAUCAGGGAACUUCCUAACGACGAGAGGAAGUGA